UUUACUUUCCAGGUAUUAGUUAAUAUUGGCAACCAUUUUGAUCUUGCUUCCAGUAUAUUUGUAGCGCCAAGGAAAGGGAUAUAUAGUUUCAGUUUCCACGUGGUCAAGGUCUAUAACAGACAAACCAUCCAGGUAAGUUUAAUGCAAAACGGCUACCCAGUGAUUUCAGCUUUUGCAGGGGAUCAGGAUGUCACCAGAGAAGCAGCCAGCAACGGGGUCUUGCUCCUCAUGGAAAGAGAAGACAAAGUGCAUCUCAAACUAGAAAGGGGUAACCUCAUGGGCGGGUGGAAAUAUUCAACCUUUUCUGGCUUCUUAGUCUUUCCACUAUAAAAGAAGGCCAAAUAGGAGACAGAUUGAUGAGCUGGUACAAGAAUUCAGUUAACAACACCCUGAACUUGGCAGCACACGACAAUAUUUCCAGUCACCCCGUCAGACUGUCACAGUAGAAGAAUGAUGACCUUCUAAACUCCAACAUUUGCUUUGAAUAUUGACAAUUCCUCGGGAACCUGCGCCUCUAAUUAGUUUUAGACGACAGUGAUCUUUAGGAGAAAUGAAAUUAUCGACCUGAGCAAUUUGUACCUGUGAUUGUAAAGUCAAUUUCGGAUUUUAUUGGUGGGAUCAUUGACUUUCUUCUUUUUUAUUAUUUUUUUUCCUCUUGUUCAUUUUUUCCCCUCUUCUUUCUCUUCUUGUUCCAAUGAGACAAAUUACUCGGACCACACAAUUGCUUUGUCAAAGGCUCAUUCCAGAGCCAGAAGAAUGAAGUGUUGAGCCCAAUGAGAUGUUCUUUCCAUGCUUUAUUUCUUUGUGUUGUAUAGCCUUAAGGGAGAAAAAAAAAAAAAAAAAAAAAAAAAAGAAAAAAAAAAAAAAGAAUGGCUUCAGUCUCAAUUCUGUAUUUUUCUGGGGGAGGGGUAUUCUGGACAUUACUGUGUCAAGAAGUGCUUUAUCCAGUGAAGCAAAAUUUGCACGAUUGGAAUCUUAUUUGUUUUGUGUUGUUCGUGUUUUUCAUCGACUUUUUUUUUUUUCCUGAUUUUUAUUUGUAUGCGCUAAAAAUGUAAGCUAGAUUGAUCAAUAAGGCAAAACAAAGCACAUAUAUAUCCUGUAGCUCUAAGUAAAGCUAACCAAUGAACAAUUGCUGUCUACACUUUCCAGCUGAUCUUUAUAGACCUACUAAAGAGAGAGAAAAAAAGAGAGAGCUACAUGAUCCUUCAGUUACAAUCUGGAAACUAGCAAAGGAACUGACAUUUCUGAACGGCCCUGACAUUUCUAGAAGCAACAAUGGAGGCUCUGAAUAUCUUAACUGACCAUACCCUAAAAUAUGUCCUUUUUUUGCAUUACCAAACAUGAUUUGGGUGCUUUUAGCUGACAUUUACUUCAAGUAUUUUUUUUUACCAAGGCCUGAGUACAUAUUGUGAGAGCUCGGAGAGAUGGCGGAACAAACUCUUUCUCUUCCACAUUAAAUAAAACCACCUCCUCUUGCCUGUCCAUGGCAACUAUCUGAGCAUCUGCCCCUAGCAUCUUUGGCAGCAUUUGGGAGUGGGACCUCAGGGGAUCAGCAAACACAUCAGAAAUUGUGCAGGUGCCACGUAUUUAUCAGCCAUAUGUGUUCUGACCAACACAAAUGGCCUCUGAGUUGUGGGGGUGCAAUGCGAUCAGUACUAGAGGUGAGGAAAAGUUAUUACUCCAGUUGACAAGAGGAAAAAUACCAGGCCAGCAUCAAAUACAUACUUUUGCCACAUUUUCAUCAAAUAAAUCUUGUCUUCACUUUAUGACAGUGUGCUGAGGACAUACUUGCAUGAGGAGAUCCAGGAGGGAUGUUUAUAUUCUUUGGUAUAAUUUUAACUUCAUUUAUUUAAAUAUUUCAUCUUGUUAUUAAGCUCACAAGAAUGGAUAUGUAUAAGAAUUUAUUUUUUAUCAGAUUUACUCUUCUGCCACAAACAAAUAUAAUGCAAAGGCAUUUGCAGCAAAUUGGUGGUAGCUAUGUUGUAUAUCAGAAUUAUGGUGGACAUGUCAUUUUCAUUGUAAAUUUAUCAUUAAAGGGACAAGGUCAAUUAAAA